UAUAAAUAAUGGGGAUGAAAGCAAAGCAAAAUGAUGACAUCAUGUGACAAGGUACCCAAUUACACAAAAUUCAAAGAAUCAGCAUCCAAUAAUCGUUAGAUCCGUUCACGAUUAAACUUCACGCGGGCUUUUAACGACCAACUAACAUCAUUCAUUUUCCCCAAAUUCCCCGUCGCAAAAAUGUCGUUUCUUGAGGAUUUUCAAGCUAGUUUGGAGCCACUGCCAAACAUUUUACAGAGGAAGUAUGCGUUAUUACGCGAUUUGGAUAAAAGUUUGCAGGGUAUUCAACGACAAAAUGAGCAGCGUUGUUUACAGGAAAUAGAGGAGUUUAAAGAGGGGGUUAAGUCUGGGAACAUUGCACCGGGUACUUCACUUAACAAGUUCUCAGAUGAUGCACAGGAUGAGCAGAAACAUGCCAUUAGAAUUGCCGAUGAGAAGGUUGCUCUGGCUGUUCAAGCAUAUGACUUGGUGGAUGCUCAUAUUCAACAACUCGAUCAGUAUCUUAAAAAAUUUGAAGAGCAACGGCGUGAAAAGGAUAUUGCUGCAGCAGCCGGAACACCUGGUUCGAACCCUGAUGGCAACGGGAAGCCUGCAAAGGAGGGUGGAAGAGGAGGACGAAAAAAGUCCCGCCUUGCUGCCGCUGCGGCUGCUGCUCAAGUAGCGGCUGCAAACCCGCCCAGUAUGGACUUGGAUCUACCCGUUGAUCCUAAUGAACCGACCUAUUGUUUCUGCAACCAAGUUAGCUACGGGGAGAUGGUUGCGUGCGACAAUCCUGAUUGCAAGAUCGAAUGGUUCCAUUAUGGCUGUGUUGGUCUGAAAGAGCAACCCAAAGGAAAAUGGUACUGUAGCGAUUGCAGCGGGAUGCAAAAGCGGCGAAAGGGGAAAUAAAUUAGUGUGCUUUUUUUUUUCUGGUAUUAUAGGAAGUAACUGAAGAUCAGUUAACUUGGGUUUUGUGCCUUUUUAGGGUUUGAAUUGAUGUUUUGGAUUACAUUUUGGUGAUUAGUAAUAAACUCUGCUUAUUUUAACC